UCUCUGUAUGGUUGAGGUCGGGUAAUUGUGGAGGCCAGGUCAUCUGAUGCAGUACGACAUCACUCUCCUUCUUGGUGUCAGCUAGAGAUGUCAGCUAGAGAUUUGUAGUCUUGCAUGAUGUCUUUGAUGCUUAUUAGCAUUUUUGAAUCUGAGAGUAAAUCGAGCUGAAUAUUUGAUAAAAGUCAUAGAUGUAUUUGUUCUCAAAAUGUCACGCCAGGGUAAGCCUACACCAAACACUGCCCUUAUUUUAAGUUUUUCUAAAAUUCCCUAUGGGAAAAUGAAUGGUGGAAACAGCAAUUGGAACAAUUUCCCUGUUAGGUUUUAUGGGUAUUAUGACCUCCACUGUGAGGUUCUAUAGCUAUCUAGCACCCCCUCCGCAAACACGCGUUCUCCAAUGUUCAAAUCAAAUUGUAUUGGUCACAUACACGUGUUCAGCAGAUGUUAUCGCGGGUGUAGGGAAAUGCCUGUUGGUUACAAGGCGGUACUUAUGUAAAUUAGGUAAGAGGAUAUCAUGUUACCAUUGGUGUAUUAAAAUGAGAGUUAGGGCGAUGUCACCCUAUUCCUUUAAUAAUCCUCUGUGAAACUGCAGGUUACAAUUUGGGGUGUUCCUGCAUGUGGGCAUUACUGCAUCUGUCUCCCGAUUGUCUCCGCCUCUCGCUCGGGUGACACCGUGUACUAGCUAUCUUGAUAGUUAGCGACAUCAUGUACUAACUAGUCCCCGCAUUCCGUGUACCGGAGUCAUUGACAAACUAUCUAAACUAGUACACAGUGUACUAAGCUCCCGCCUGCCCUCGCCGUCGUUAACAGAACUCGGGAAAACAGUGCCCGACCCUACUUCUGUGCGGUUUAUCAGGAAUGCUCAAAUGCAUGAACACUCCUAAUCACAGGGCGCAAUUCCACCCUUCUCAAUAAGCGUGCCUCCUGAAUCCAAGUGUUUGACAUGGAGGAAGGGACCAGUAACUUUAUGAUCAAAUUGUAUCAAUGUAGAACCAACAGUAUUUUUUUCAUACUUUAGUCAUCAUACUUUGAUCAGGUUUCAUCCAAAUACCAUCCAAUCUCAUGAAAAACAUGUAUUGUUCAUGACCUGUAAUAACCAUGUGCGCCACUGCAUUACACUACAUGUAUAUCUUGUAUUGACUAAUACGUUUUACGAUCUGAAUUCUGAACGGCGUCUUUUUUGGUCAAUAGAUAUGGCUAUCCUACAUGCAGACUAUAAUAGACCCUGCUAUUUGUUGUGCCAGUGCUAAUUCUAACAAUUUUGAAGGUUUGUUGCAAUCUCAUAUUUACGGUAAUAAAUACUUAGGUCACGAGUUGUUGAACGGAAGUGGAAUUGCGCACGCAUCACGCGUUGUUUUAAUUUAUCGACAUUUACGGCUUGUUUAUUGAACAUUAGCUUGGAAAUUGUAGACUUUACUUCACACAGAUAAUACAAAUCUGUAAUUUGGGCUGGACAAGAUGGCCAGCUGCAAUUUUCAGGUGCAGUUUAUAUCCAUUAUGGAGGUAUUGGCUAAAGCAGCGGUAGCCGAAAUAAACAAUCGUGUAGAUGAUAGCUGUGCUGUUAUACGCAUGGAAGUUAUCCAAAGCCAGCGAGAUAUUGAUGUAUUGAAAAGGAAGUGUCAAAUGAUGGAGAGCGAGCUGAAGAAGACACGAGGACGAGUCAGGAGAAAAGAGAGAUCUUCAUAUCCAGUCAAGAUAGUUUUGAACAAGCAGAGGAGUAGUUCACAGUGGAGAGGUGGAGAUAUGGCUGUUGAAGGGGACUCUCAACCCAAGCCUACAGAUGUGGAGCAGAGAGUGGAGACUGAACCCAUACUGAUCAAAGAUGAGGAGACAGCAGAGGAUGUGUGGAAGACUGACCCUCAGGAAGAGUUCAGGAUCACUGGAGAGGAGUCUGGUUCCAAGCCUGGGAAACCACCAUCCUUUGAGCAACGGCACUGUGAUGAGGACUUCAUCACACAACCCAGCAUAUCUCCCAGAGACUCAGUGGAACAUUACACCAAUUCUGAUCGUCCAGAGGAACCAGGAACACCCCGGCUCGCAUCUACAGAGGUGUUCAGCACAGAGCAGCACCUUUCGGACGAGGACUCACUAGACCUAGUGAUGGUGAAGAAUGAGAAAGAGGAGGAGCUGGAUCAGACCACGCCCCUUGCAGAACCUGACCAGUUUGUCAUGGAUGAGACUGAUGGGCAGCUGUUGACCUCUGUGGAUCCAGGCAGAGACACUGACCCUGAUGGCCACCCAGAUUUCUCCUUUCAUUCAACAGAAGAGUACUCUCAGGAUAUCUCAAUUUUCCCAUCUAAUAGUGGGCUGUCAUCUGUUCCUACUAUGAGGGAUGAUGUAGGGCUGUCGCUUCACUCUUCUAUUUGGAAACCACAUGCUAACGUGUUCAGUUCAGCAAAACACAUGAAAAGACAUGUCAGGACAUUGGCUGAUGAGACUAGACAACAGAUGCCAGAGGGACAGAGUAGCGAGACGCUGAACUCCAAUAAUGAAGGAAAUAGUUUAGCUCUACAGCCAAGACUGCAUCAAUACAGGGCUGCAGAAGCAACAGUGAGAUUGAGUGAGUGCACAACAGGGUCAAACAUGGCCACCACCUCCACCUUCUCUGGAUACAGCUUGAGUCACAGUAGUUUUAACAUGGUGAAGAGAAUGAGGACUCAGUGGAGAUCAGGCGGCACCACCGAGAGGCGUUUCAGCUGCACCUUCUGUGGGAAGAGCUUCCCACGUUUCUGGCAGCUAAAAGAACACCUCCGGAGUCACACCGGAGAGAAACCGUACACCUGUGAACAGUGUGGCAGGAGUUUUACCAAGCAAUGCAACCUGAUCAGACAUGCUGUAGUCCACAGCGGAGAGAAGCCCUACAAGUGCACACAGUGUGGGAAAUGCUUCCCCCAGCGCUCUGAGUCUGGUUCCAAGCCUGGGAAACCACCAUCCUUUGAGCAACGGCACCGUGAUGAGGACUUCAUCACACAACCCAAUAUAUCUCCCAGAGACUCAGUGGAACAUUACCCCAAUUCUGAUCGUCCAGAGGAACCAGGAACACCCCGGCUCGCAUCUACAGAGGUGUUCAGUACAGAGCAGCACCGGCCAGCCGAGGACGAGGACUCACUAGACAUAGUGAAGGAUGAGGAGCUGAAACAGACCACGACCCUGGCAGGACCUGUCCAGUUUGUUAUGGAUGAGUCUGGUGGGCAGCUGUUGACCUCUGUGGAUCCAGGCAGAGACACUGACCCUGAUGGCCACCCAGAUUUCUCCUUUCAUUCCACAGAAGAGUACUCUCAGAGUACUCAAUGGUCCCAUCUCAUAGUGGGCUGCCAUCUGUUCCUACUAUGACAGAGGAUGUAGGGCCAUCGCUUCACUUUUCUAUAUGGAAACCACAUGCUAACAUGUUCAGUGCAGCAAAA